AGUGGUCAGUGGGUGCGCUGUUUAUGUCGAAGUAUUAGUGAAGUUUGUUUACUGCACAUAUUAUUAGUACGACGCUGUCAACUGAGGGUUUGGGCUGCUUGUUUAAGUGUAUUGGAGAUGGCGUCUGAGAAAAAGGACUACGACAAAGUUCCCAAGGAACAGAAUGUAUUUCUUCGAAUCCUCAAUCUGCAAUCUGUCAGUGCUGCUUUGGAAUCCAUUGAGAGGACAUACACCUGUACGAAGCAGUCUCACCCCAUGAUAAGUUCUGUAUGUGGGCUGUAUGAGAAGGGUGUGAGUAAGACUGGCAGCUUGGCAGUAUGGAGCAUGCAACCUGCCCUCCAUGUACUGGAGCCACAGAUUGUAGCAGCCAACUCAAUGGCCUGCAAAGGACUGGACCGCCUGGAAGAGAAGGUACCGGCCUUGCAGUAUCCACUUGAAGAGUUGGCAGCAAGCAUCAAGGAAGUUGUGUUUUCAACUGUGGAAACUGUCAAAGAUGGCAUCAUCAGUCCCCUCAAACACACCUCAAACUCUGUGUUAAGCAUGGUAUCUAGUGGGUACCAGCAGAGUAAGAAUGCCUUAAGUGUCAGCAUGCAGUACGUCUUUAACAGCAAGCCUGUCUGCCUGGCCGAGCAGAGAGCUGGCAUGGCACUGACUCUGACCGAGAGCCUGGUUGACUUCAUCCUUCCUGCAUCCUCUGAGGAGACAGAAGAUGAUGGGAGAGUGGGAGAGCCCAAAAGCCCAAAGCCCAGCCUUAGCAGGCUGGGAACGCUGGCGGGCACUGUCUACAGUCGUGCUUUUGAGAAGAUAGCUGCACAGCUCCAACACACUAAAAGUCAAGGUCAGGAACUGGUCACAUGCAUCCCUGGUGUGACUCCCCUGGUUGACUUUACUAAGAGGAGUAUGAAGACUGUAGCAGGUAUAGUACUGGGACUCCCAAGCUCUCUGGCUGCGUUUCUAAAAGACGGUCAGCAGCACAGUCCUCAGAUGGAAAUUACUAAUGAUGAUUCAGAGCAGCUCAAGCUUUCCAGGCGAUCCUCCAAGCUAGAAGGAAGUUUUGAAUCUAUUGAGAAAUAUGGAGUAGAAAAAUGUCUGUGUGGCUCCCCAACACUGGAGUCUAUAGGAGCGGACCACUUGCACAGCUCCACUGACAACUCUGAGAAGCAGGCUCUUAAGGCUAGAGAGCCCUUGGAGGUAUCAGAGGAGACUCACCUGCUGAAGAAGAAGGUCUUAAAGCAAAUUCCUAUGCAGCAGAAAGUGGUUCUUCGGGGGGAGCAGCAAGAACAUACCCAGCCACAGCCCCUUUAGGAAGGGUCGGUCAGAUCACAUCCAAAUCUCCUCCUCUUCUUACACUCGCACAGAGCAAAACAGCAGGAACACCGCCCCCACUUUUAGGCCAAAAGUAGACAGGUACCAAGGCAAUGUUGAAAAUUUUGAGAACUUGGCAGUCCUGGUUUAUAAUUGCUAAAAUUCUGACAGAGGGGUAGCUCAACCCCUUUUACAAAUGCAAAAUGCAACAGUUAGGAACCUGCUUAUUUUUACAUACUGUACUGUAUAUGGAGGCUCUGAAUGGUGCUUUCCUUUGCAUUUCAUGUCUUUAAUAAAACGUGGUAAAUAAAAGGUGGUUGUGGUACAAAAAUCACUCUGGAUGAUUAAUAUAGUUUAGUUAAAGAAACAAUGUGACUUUGAGCAAAGCAUAUCUUUAUUUUUUAUGAUGGAUGAAAUAGGAGAAAUGAUGAGAUAUAAAAUAAAGAAAUCUCUAGCAUAAUUUGUGACUGAUUGUAUAAUACUAACUGUAAUUGCAGAAAUGGUGCAAAGCUCAUCAAUUGUAUGUUUAUUGUAGCAAGAGUUACAGACCACAGUUGUUGAUUAUAAAUUUGAAAAAGGUGUUUUGAUUUUGCUUCUAAAAUUCAGGACAACUCUUUUCCCAUUUAAACUAAAAGUCCUUUGAAAAACCAAGAUGUGAGGAGUGGAAUAGUGUUUUUCUCCAUUAAACCAGUGUACCA